AUGUUCCUCUUGCAGCUUUGUAAAUUGCGCGGAUAUGGGUAUGUUAGAUUAGAUGGGUCAAUGUCGAUCAAGCAACGAGCGAAAACUGUGGAGAAGUUUAAUGACCCAGAGAGCAGUGAGUUUUGCUUCCUCCUAUCAUCGAAAGCUGGUGGAUGCGGACUGAACCUUAUUGGAGCGAACAGACUAGUGAUGUUCGAUCCGGAUUGGAAUCCAGCCAAUGACGAUCAGGCAAUGGCGCGAGUAUGGCGUGACGGUCAGAAGAAGAAUUGUUUUAUCUAUCGACUACUCGCUACGGGUUCAAUAGAAGAGAAGAUGUUCCAACGUCAAACACACAAAAAAGCUCUGUCCUCUUGUGUAGUUGAUGCUGGACAAGAUGUUGCACGACAUUUCAGCUCAGAUCAACUGAGAGAAUUGUUCACGUUGGAAGCAGACACACCAUCUGACACUCAUGAGAGGUGGAUUGCUGACUCUAUAUUACGUUCGGUGUUCAACUGUGGUGCCAUCUCAUUCGUGUUCCAUCAAAAAUCUCACGAUGUGGAGGUGCCUAAAAAGAAGAAGGAAGAAGAGGAUGAAGAGUAUAAACCCGACAAGGAUGAAGGAACGGAUGAUUAG